AUGACUGGUUUAUCUAUAACAAGAGCAGCAGCGGGUAGUACACAAGAACAAUACCGCAUUGAUCAUAAUUUGAAUAUCCAUUUGGCUAAGAAGGCAAAAGAAAAUGGAUGCAGCACAUUUGUACUUGUAUCGUCCUCAUUGGCUAAUGCAGAUUCCAGAUUUACUUAUUUAAAAAUGAAGGGUGAGAUCGAAAGAGAUUUAGAAGCCAUAGGGUUUGACCAUUUGAUCAUAUUGAGACCUGGAAAACUUCUGGGUGAAAGACAAAAUGACUUUAAAGGUUUUGCGAACUCCAUGUUUACUGCCCUUGGGAACUCGAUCUACAGAUCAAGACUACAGUGUGUAUUACAAUACCCUGUGUUUGGCAAUGAGGUAGGCCAGGUCGGUGUUUAUCUUGCUCUUAAGGCUAUCCAAGAUAAAAGCUCACCAAGGGUUCAGAUUGUGGAAAGUUCCGAGAUAUUGAGCAUUUCUGCUGAGCUAAAUAAAUAA